UGUUUUUUCUUUUUCGUGUACUGUGAAUACAAUGAGCAAAACCAACCCGUUUGUCAACCAUAAGCAUAUCUUCUUGCAGUUUUAAUAUUCUUGGAUUUAUAUUACACAAACUAUCAUUAAUUCUAGGAUCAUAUAACGUUAGAUGGAUACCUUUUUGUCAGCAUUACUUUUUACAGGGCUGACCAUAACUAAGUCUUUAAAAAAAUUCUGUUUUUACUUGGAGCAAAUGUAGUUGUUGAUGUGAAAAUGCUAUCAGCAGAUAUGUAUAGUUCUAGUAUAGUCCCUAAACUUUCUGUCACGCUCCAAAGUCUUAAUAAUUGCCACACCGUGCUGUUUACCACUAUUUUGUCGAUGCAUUUCAAUUUCUUUUAUCGUGAACGGUGGCAUUCCCUCCAUGUUUUCCCUCACGCUUUUUCUUCAGUUUCAUCGAAGACUAAAUCUAUAUUUUCCUCAAUUAUUUUAAGCAAAAUAUCUCUCAUAGUAUUGUCUUCCUCCAUGUUUAUAUGAACGCGAAUAAUGUUUACCAAGAUUUGCCUCGUUUUCAUGCACGCAAUAUUUUACAAAAUAUAAAUUCGGGAAAGGUGUAUUCUUAACGUUUUCUCUUUAUAUCAUUUGUCCAAAUCAAACUAACCAAUUUCUAUUUCAAGGAGUCGGAGUCGACAGAUUAUUUUUUUAUUGAGCAGAAUUUACCUUACAGAAGAAAUUGGUUUGCAGGAAGAAAUUACGAAAAAAAUAUUUAUGUGGUUUUGUUCCCUUUUCGCAAAAUCAAUCCCAAAAUUUCAUUAUAAAUUAAAGAGUGAAACACUUUUUUCUUGUCACUCUCCUAGGGAAAUAUUAAAAAUAAAAAAUUUAGAUCCGCAUUUUUCCUAAUGAGAGUAAACGAAUCGCGAAAGUAAGUUCCGUAUUCUUUUGAUCGCAAAUUAGUUCCGCAAAAAUUUAUUUCUUGACAGCAGUAAAAACCACUUGCGUUAAUAAUUUAAACUUUUCUUCUUUACGCAGUUACACAGCCACAACAUCUUCGCUUGCUUUUAAAAUUCAAUUUGAACUAAAUUUUCGUUGCAUAAAGUUUUGUCUGGAUAAAAGAGGCGUUUAAAUCGCUAUCUAUUGUCUGUUUUCUGCCGGGCUUUCGUAAAUUAUUUAGAGUUGCGGUUCGGAAAGUGUGUUUGCGUUCUGCAUGAAACAUUCUUUCAGGCAAAACGCAAUUUUCAUCGCCGUAAAUAUUUACGAUAAAAAUAUUUACGAUGUUUUUAGCGUUCUACUGGUUGCAAAAACAAACACGCGUGGGUUGACUUUACUUUUGCUAAAUUUAAAACGCGGCGAAAAGUAACAGAAAGCGUAAAAACGUAUAUUCGCCUUGUCUUGUUUAUCAUCAAAACAAUUAAAACGCUCUCUUAAGACAUGUUCAAGAGUAUAUAUUUAUGUGUGUUUCGGCAUUUUCCAGCUGUUUUGAAGAAUUUACCUUCGCAGUUGCGGCUGUUAAUUACGAGGUCGUUUGCCUCUUUAAAUGGCACUCGUAUCUUUCUAAAAUCAUUGAAGCGUUACUUGAGUUUAUUCAGCCAUGAAGGGUGCGUAUUCAAUUUGAAUACGACAAGAUAGCAAGGUUACGACUUUGAUUAAAAGUUGGAAAAAAUCGAAAUAAUUUGCGCGAAAAGAUAUACAUGAAGUAGGAGGAAUAUGCUUUGGAGGGUAUUGUUACUCCUUUGCGGAGUUGUUUUAAUAUAUGGACACCCUGUGUUUGUCGAAGACGAUGAAGGUUAUUAUGAGCACGAGCAACUACGUGUUCCAAGAAGUCUUGAAAGUUUGGUUAAGAAGACUUCAAGAGGAGCUAUAUCUGCAGCAAGAGAAUUCAUCAAAACAUUUCUCCCAUCGGCUUCUCAAAUAGGCUUCCAGGACACGCGUAGAAUGGUAAAACGCAACAAUGUAAACAAACUACCAGGUGUAGGCUUGCCAACGACAACCACAGCUACAGAAUUUGGAAAAAUCACCGGUGUUGGGUUACCCACUACGCCCAAUGCCUUUCCAGGAGUAUCAUCUGCAGCUGUUCUGCCUUCCACACCAAGUUAUUAUUACAAUGCUUACAACUACCAAUACCCUGGGUAUACAACUGCAUCCAUGUAUGGUUAUGGAGGCUAUCCCUACUACAACAGCUAUGCAUAUCCCUACUAUGGAAACAUGUACACGCCACAGUAUGACGUAGCAAAGCGCACCUUUAUGCCGUACGCUUACAACAACAAUAUUUACUAUGGGCCACAACAGCAUCCACGCCAGUCGGCAUACCAGUACCACUAUCCAGCUGAAUUCGCAGCAAUCAAUGCUGCUAAACAGAGUACGGAUAACCCGGUCCCUCAUGCGCAAAUACAUACUAAACACACACCUGUCCCGGAUACUAGCACUGCAACCGGUAUAUCACAAGGUCUGAUUGAUUUGGAGAAUGAUGUGAAUGGGUUCAAUCAAGCCAUACAGUAUAUGAAGCAGGCUUUUAUCACAGACAACAACGAUGGCAGUUCAGAUCUUGAAGAGAAGAUACACGAAGACAAAACUGAUGUGGUUGGAGACAAGAAAGAUCUUAUAAAAAGAAAACAAAAAUCGUCCGCAGAAUUAAUCGAAGCUUUUAAACGAACUCUUGACAGUAAGGAGAGAUUGGAAAAUAAAUUGGUGAAUUAUUUCACCAACUAUGUGUGUGGAGACGAUUGUUAAAAGCGCGCUUUCUGAAUUUUGAUAAAGAAGACAUUUUUUAACGUUAUUUUAUAAUGAACACAUACAUUUAUCUGCUGUCACGCAGUAAACUUCAAUGUUUAUACUACUAAAUGCUUAGCUAUCUUAGCACGCAACAUGUACGCAACAUAAACAAAGAUUCAACGCGAUUGGUUUAUUUGUAUCAAAUAAAAGGUGAAUAAAUUACGGAACCAGCAUGUAGUUGGUAAAGGUCGGUUUUCAUUAACGUAAAAAUUAUAAACAACUUUUGUACAGUAGUCGCCGUCAUGAAACUAAUGGAAACAUAUAUUGUGCAACAAAGCGACACAAAAGACGUCGCACAACAAAUAGAGAUAGAUUUCCUCACGACAUUUGUGCAACAAAUAUGAGUUUUAAUGGAAACCCACCUUAAAGAUCAUUGACACGAUUAUUGUCAUAAUUUUAAUUCUGUAAAAAUCACAAUUGUUAAA